AUGUCUGUGAUCCGCCUGCCGAAGGACGAGCUGGAUGCUCAGAUUUUCCGCUAUUUACAGGAAGCGAACUACUCUGAGGCUGCGAAUGCCAUGAAGGACGCCAACCCAAGUGUAACAGUUGCUGCACGUAAGCUCAAGUUUUCUGCUCUCAUCGCCGCCACGAAGAAUGUUCGUAGUGAUUCGGACAGCGAUGAUGAACCUGUGCGCAAGCCAGUGAAGGCAUCACCCAAGACUGCUCCCAAGAAGCCAGUGGUUGACUCUGACAGCGACGAUGAACCUGUGUGCAAGCCAGUGAAGGCAUCACCCAAGACUGCUCCCAAGAAGCCAGUGGUUGACUCUGACAGCGAUGAUGAA